AUGCAACUCAAAUCAUUAUUGAUCUCAUUGGCCGUUGCCAAACUUACUUUGGCUGAUAUUACUGCUUCCAAUUACUACCAGUCCUUUACCUCGCUUACUGAUCCUCACAACGUCACUGUUCCUUCUAUUGUUCAAACGGAAAGUAUUGAUCCUACUCAAGAAUGUACCUAUUACAACCCUGAUACUUCCCUGAUUAAUAUCAAUUCAUCCGAGUUUCCUUCUAUCUGGGAAGUAGCUACUACCAAUGGUAUGAACACUUCCGCUGAAUUCACCAACUUGUACAACUCCAUUAAUUGGUCAAAUGCUCCCAAUAUUCCUGUUCGUACACUUGGUGCCGAUGGCAGCCUGGACAUGAGUAACUACAGUUCUACUGAAGACCCUGAUUGUUGGUGGUCUGCUUCUACUUGUACUAGUCCUAAGCUCAAAAAUGUGAAUGCUGAUAUCUACCAGUGUAAUGAACCUGAAACUUGGGGUUUGACUUAUGACGAUGGACCCAAUUGUUCUCACAAUGCAUUCUAUGAUUAUCUUCAAGAAAAGGAACUCAAAGCUACCAUGUUCUAUAUUGGUUCUAAUGUACUUGAUUGGCCUUAUGGUGCUAUGCGUGGUGUCAAGGAUGGUCACCAUAUUGGUUGUCAUACUUGGUCUCACCCUCAAAUGACUACCCUAACCGACCAGGAAGUCCUUGCCGAACUCUACUAUUCCUUGAAGGCUAUUAAACUUGCUACUGGUUUGACUCCUCGUUACUGGCGCCCUCCUUACGGCGAUAUAGAUGAUCGUGUUCGUUGGAUUGCUACUCAAUUGGGUUUAACUGCUGUUGUCUGGAACUUGGACACAGACGAUUGGGCUGCAGGAUUAACUACUACUGUUGAAGCUGUUUCUCAAACUUAUCAAGAUUAUGUUGAAAUGGGUACAAAUGGCACCUUUGCUGAUACUGGUAAUAUUGUCUUAACUCAUGAAAUCAACAACAACACUAUGUCUUUGGCCCUUGAAUUUUUACCCAAAAUUACUGCUGCUUACAAGCAAGUUAUUGAUGUUGCUACUUGCGCCAAUAUCUCUUAUCCCUACUUUGAAGGUUUUGAAUGGACCAAUGUAUUGAACGGUACUGCCAACUCUUCUUCUCCUUCUUCUCCUUCUUCUUCUCCUUCUUCUUCUUCUUCUUCUUCUUCUUCUUCUGGUGUUGCUACUGCUUCUGCUCAAAUCAAGGCUGCUACAAAUGAUGUUGGUUCUCUUAUUCCUUCCUUUUAUAUGACUACUUUCAUUGGUUUUAUGGCUUUCUUCUUUUUUUUUUAG